AUGGGCAUUGAAGUUGAAGAGAACCCCGACUACGCUCCAGGAGAACAGCCAAAGGUCCGCAAGUUUAGGCGAGCCGCGCCGCCGACCUUCACGGAUGUCCAGCAAGAAAAGAUCUACAGGAAGGGCAGACUGGCAAUGGCUUGCCGAGUGGUAGCAGGGCAGGGAUGGGGAAUUGGCUGUGGCAUGCAGCUUACUUCGCGUGAUCCGGUCGACACCGACACUAUCUGGGUCGUCCCAGCGGGCAAAGCCCUCGCCGCUGUCAAGUCCUCAGACUUGAUUCAAGUCAGCAUCACCACUGGCGAAGCCAUCUAUAAUGAUGCUGAUUUCGGCUACGACCUCAACGCCGUGUCGAUACACCGGGCAAUCUACGCCGCGAGGCCUGAUGUGGGAGCCAUCAUCCAUGGAAGUACACCACACGCCAGGGCCUUUUCCAUGCAGGACAAGCCUUUAGAGAUGAUUGUGCAAGACUCGUGCACAUUCUACAAGCGCUUCAACCGUCUCCCCUUCUCUGCCGGCCAGCGUGCCCUCUCUGAGCCGCAAGGCGUGUCCAACGCUUUGAAAGACGGCAAGGGUUUCGUCAUGGAGAACCGCGGUAUCCUUCUCGUCGGCGCUACCAUUGAAUGCCCGAUCAGUUACUAUAUCAGGAUGGAGAGUUUGUGUCAGAUCCAAUUGUUGGCAGAGGCCGCCUUGAGGGGCAGGGGAGGAGACUUCGUGAGGGUUGGGCAGCAGGAAGUGCAGUUUACCUUUGACAACAGUGGUUCCGAACACCACGCCUGGUUGAUGGCGAUGCCCUACUUUGCGCGACAAGAUAGGUUGACUGGUGGUGCCAUGGUGGUAUAG